AUGGUGAGAGGGGAGAGGAUUGAAGGAGUGAGGCAGUACAACAGAUCCAAGGUGCCUCGCCUGAGAUGGACGCCUGAUCUCCAUCACUGCUUUGUUCAUGCCAUACACAAGCUUGGAGGACAGCACAAGGCUACACCUAAGAGAGUUCUUCAGCUGAUGGGAGUGGGAGGCCUCACCAUAUCUCAUGUCAAAAGCCAUCUACAGAUGUACAGAAACAUGAGGAAUGAUGAUCUGGAGAUGCAAGUGGGCAUUCAGCAGAUGGAUCAGGAGCAAACAUUUGCAGGAGGCAUGCAAAUUUGGACAGAUAUGAAGCAGCAGGAUCAUCAUCAUGAGUGUAACGGACCAUAUUGCAGAUGCCACUCCUCAUCAAAGCAUGCAAGGGGCUCACUGCUGCUGCUACACCAGCAGCAGCAGCAACAGCUGCAAAGGCCAAAUCGGAUGGAGACGAGACAAGAGGUGAGCACUCGAACAGGCUUUCUCAGAAGCGAAGGAAUACGCGAGAGGGACCUGCAGCAGUACGGCCUCGCGGUCACAGGAGGCCAACCAGCUUCGUGCCACCACUCCGGUCGGCGACACCGGCCGCCACCUGCCACCGCGGCCGCCGCUGCAGACGGUGCCGGAGCCGGACACGACGCUGGCGCACCGCUGCCGAGCACGCCCAGGCCGCCGCUUCUGGCCGGCCGCGCCGCCACGACGAGGCGUGGCGGCGCCUCACGCGAGGACGAGCACGACGUGACAGCACCGGCGAGGCGGCGGCACGCCAUGGCGCCGGAGCGUGACGGCCACGGCGGCGGCGACGAGCGCCUCUCGCUGUCCUUGACGCUGGACUCGGCCGGGCCCGGGCGCAGGUGCCGGUGCCGGGGCAGCGGCGCCGCCGCCCGCUGCUGCAGCGAAGGUAGCAGCAGCUGGCUGUCGUCGCCGUCGUCGACGAGCUUCGGCGGCGGCUGCUCGCGGCGGAGCCCCGGCGCCAUGUGUCGUGGCAGUGUCGCUGUCAGCUUGGACCUGUCCUUGUGA